GCCGCCCUGGAUAAUACCGGGCGCACGCAGGCACGCAGGCCAAGACGACUCGCGGGGGCUUGCGUCUCGCCGUGGCCGCAAUGACACCCAUUGAGAAGGACAAGGAGAACGGGAAGGAAAACGACCGCGAGAAGGACAAGGAGAAGGACAAGGAGAAGGAGCAGCGAGGCGCCAAGAGGCCCAUCGUGCCCGCCACCAUCCCCGAGUCCGUGCCGGAGCAAAUCCGCACCAACUUCAUCGUGGUCAUGCACCCCGGCUCCACCACCUUGCGGCUGGGUCGAGCGUCCAGCAUGCUGCCCAUCAGCCUGCCCCACUGCAUCGCACGGAGGCACAAAUCCGCCGGGCAGCCCUGCUACGAAGACCCUUGGUUGCUCAGGGAUGGCCUGGACAGACAAGAGAGUAAAGAGCAGAGGCAACAUGGACUUAAGAUGGUGGAGCAGGCAAUCUGGUCUCGCAAGAUGUCCAACGGGGCUCGCCGAAUCCCCACCCAACCGGACCAGUUGGCUGGCUACAACAGCAGAGUAAAGCCAGUAGCCCUGGAAUCCAGCUCUUCAACAAGAUGGACGAACGUAUCCCACAAACCAGAGUUUCUCAUUGGGGACGAGGCACUGCAUGUGAACAAGGCCGAAGGCUACAAUUUGCAUUGGCCCAUGCGGCGUGGGCGGCUGAACAUACACGGUGGACCUGGAGGGUCUCUGUCGGCCGUGCUGGCCGAUCUGGAGGCCAUCUGGAUGCAGGCCAUCCACCGGUACCUCGACAUCUCUUCAAGUGAUGUCAAGUAUUACAGGUGCAUCCUGCUUAUUCCUGACAUCUACAACCGACAGCAUGUCAAGGAAUUGAUGAACAUGCUGCUGACAGGAAUGGGCUUUGCAGGCGCCAUGGUCCACCAGGAGUCUGUGUGUGCCUCCUUCGGCUGCGGACUGAGCUGCGCGUGCGUGGUCGAUAUCGGCGAUCAGAAGACCAGCAUAUGCUGUGUGGAGGAUGGCAUAUCUCACCGACACACCAGGCUCUUCUUGGAAUACGGAGGCUCGGACGUGACGCGUUGCUUUUAUUUGCUGAUGCAGCGAUCGGGAUUUCCCUACAGAGAGUGCCAACUCGCAAACCGCAUGAAUGCAUUGCUGCUGCAGCAGCUCAAGGAGAACUUCUGUCACCUGGACCAGGAUAUCUCAGGUUUUCAAGACCAUGAGUUCCAGGUGAGGCAGCCAGACUCCGUGGCCCUGCUUUAUCAGUUCAAACUGGGCGACGAGAAGCUCCAGGCACCGAUGUCCAUGUUCUAUCCGGCCGUGUUUGGGAUCGUGGGUCAGAGAAUGACCUUGACCCAGCAGAGGUCACAGGGUGACCCAGAGGACCCGUAUGAUGAACACUACCUCUUGGCCACCCAAAGCAAGCAGGAGCAGGCCGCCAAAGCGGUGGCGGAGAGGAAAGCGCUGGCCAAGCACAGUGCCGCCGAUUCGGAAGGAGCGGGGGCACCUGCAGAGGCGUCGGAAGGUGCCGGGCGCGCGCCCGACGGGGAUCAAGGGCCGUCGAGGGGUGUGGGAGAAACGCACCACUUGAACCAGCCGGGCGCCCCCUCUCUGCUCUCCCGCAAGCUCAAGCUGGCCUCGCCGCACUUCGAGGGAAAAGCCCUGGGCCUGGACAAGGCUGUGUUGCACAGCAUUGACUGCUGUUCCUCGGAGGAGACUAAGAGGAAGAUGUACAGCAGUAUACUGGUGGUGGGUGGGGGACUUCUCUUCCCGGGAGCCCAGGAAUUCCUCCAGCAUCGCAUCAUCAACAAGAUGCCACCCUCUUUCCGCCGCCUUGUGGAAACCGUGGAGGUCAUCACACGACCAAAGGACACGGACCCGCGGCUGACCGCGUGGAAGGGCGGCGUGGUGCUGGCUUGCCUCGACACGGCGCAGGAACUGUGGAUUCACCGGCGCGAGUGGGAGCGGUUCGGAGUGAGAAUGCUGCGCGAGCGAGCGCCGUUCGUUUGGUGACUCCCAAGGCCACCGCCGCUGUUGCCCGAAGCUGCCUGAAGCCACUUACUUGCAUUGGCACCGCAGAGGAGACUAGAUAACCCAAGUUUACGGAUCGGGAACUGUGUUACACCUUUUCCAUUGCCACGUACGCGUGCCGAGCCAGUGCGGGGGGGGGGGGGGGGGCCCUCGUGAUACGGGGUGGUUUUCCCAUUGACUGCCAUGCCGAGUUGGAACCAAACCGUAAUACGCUGGCCUCUGAAUCUGGCUCGUGGAGAGGGGCGCGAGGCUCAUGACCCUAAUUGCGUGCGACUCCAUCAUACAUGAAGAGGAUGAACAAAAUGACAUCGAGCAAUUUGAAGCCUUGGGGGGGGGGGGCUGAAGUGUGUGUGUUCAUCAUAGGUGCUCGCUAACAGCACUUGCCCCAACAGUCUAAGGCUGAUCUUUGCCUUGUUUAUCAGUUUGUAUGCGUAUAUCCGUUUGUGCGCGACUGCGUCAUCCACAUGCAUCUUGAUAUUCGUGCAUUGCAUGCCAGGUCAGCGGCACGGCUCUGCUUCUGCAGUGAAAAAACAACCCCGUGCCCUCCUGAGCCAUGCCAGCUCGGCAAAGCCCCGGCAGCAAGGUUUGGAUGUAUUAGUGUGAAAGAGGUCGAGGUAAAACCCUGGAAUGUUACGCUAAGUUGAUUGUUCCGUGCAGUUUUAUAUAAGGGGUCAUAGGCUUGGAUAUGGAAUAAACGUGUCAUUUGUUUAAAGCACGCUAUGUAAAGGAUAUAAAAUGUAUAUAUGAAUUAAAGCUUGUAUGAUUGGCUUAAAAAUGAUUGAUUAAAAUAACUGUCUACAGUG